AAGACACCGAGCCAGAGCCUACCGCCACUCUCUGAACUGCUCACCGCGUCGCCCACAUCCCAAGACUCCCAUUCCCGGCAGUCGCCUGCUGUGCCCUGCUUUGCAGCCUCCUGCCUUCCUGCCCUCCAUUGCCAGUCGGCAGUCUUUCUGCCUCUCUUUCAGACUCGACACUGGGCACUAGGGAGUCGGGCUGGUGUGAAUAUGGAAACUUUGACAAAAAAGCUUCUAUCCGGAAGUUGUCCUGAAUUUUACAAUAGUCAAGGUUAUGAAACAAGAAGUUAGGAAGGAUAUUGAAGGAUGGAGGAUCCAUGAAGGGCCAUCGCUGCAUUUCUUGGUAAGCAGUUUACAGUUUGCCGAAUUGUAUAAUUCGAUCACGUCAUCUCCUAUCACUAGAUUAUUACUUAUAAAAUUCAGGCAUCCUGUUAUCCCACUGAUAACAUGUGGAUUUAGUUCCAUCACCUACACAUUUUUAUUUGAAAAUAAACUUUUUUUCGAACAACGUGACUCACUGAGGUUGUUGGGGCUUGAAAAAUAACAAGGAACAACUUGAGUCAUUUAGUUUACAAACCUAGCCGCUCCCAGUUUGCUCCUCCACCUCACCAAACGCCAGCGACAAGUCCCUGUCAUAGUGUCAUUGUCUUCGACUCUUCGCAUUGUUGGCUAUUGCAGCGUCUCCACUCGCUGUUAAUUUUAGACCUCCGAGGCUCCGAAGUUCGAUAUCGGGUCCUGUGUCCUGCUAUCCUAGCAACCUCGCUCACUCGCUCCGGUGGCUAGCCUCCAGACCUCGCUCUAGCAUCCCGAUCUCUUGAACUCCAUAGAAAUCGAGAAGCGAGUAAGCGACUAGAGACUGUAGAGAGGCGGAGAGCUGAACCUGGGAAAGUUGGAACCUGGGAAAUCGAGAAGUCGUCUGCUUCAGCCAAGGACAGGGCAGAGAGGGCGAGACUGCGAGACGGCCGAGACCUCUUCUUCCUGGAGUGUUUCGUCUGCUUAUGGAUUUCUGGGAAGUGGGAAGUCCGCUAAUCCGCUUCUUAUAAUUUCGUUCUGUUCGACUUGGGAAGAAGUAGAAGACUUGUCGCCUUCAUCACGCCUGGACGACGACUGGACGACGCCUGGCACGCCUAUUCUUCUUCCGGCGAGGCGAGUAACUCCGGCGAGCUGUCCCUAGCGCCAGGACGCCUAGUCGGCGACUAGGCUACGCCUAGGCGACGCCAUGACAAGCCUGAUAAUUGCAAUGAUUUGUUGAAUUGUUGAAGAUAAGUCUACUUAAUAUGUGAAAUUCAUUAUUUAAUAUCAGUGUAUUUAUUUAAGCAGGUUUGGCAUAUAGCAAUAUAUAAUAGAACAAUUGUAGUGAUUUAUGAUAUUUGAUUAAUACUGAGUAUAUAAUUAUAUUAUGCGUUGUUGUUUACUCAAUAUACUACUCCCUCCGUCCCGCUAGAAGGUUCCCGUUGGCGGUUUACGAUGCUUGAUUGACGAUAAAGCAACUUAAUCUCUGUUCACACUCUGAUUAUUUUUAGUAAAUAAAAUUUACAUAUUCAGAAACUACAUUAAAGCCGCUACAAAGCCUGAUAAAAAAAUGUAAAUUUGAUAAAAAAUUGAUUUAUGAAGUAAAAGAUUAAAAAUGAUUUAAGUUGACCAUGUGAAUAGUGGACGAGAACCUUCUAAUGGGACGGAGGUAGUAGUUUUAUUGACAAAAAAUCAAUUGUAGAAUUAUUGCAUGACUUGCAUAACAUAAUAUCAUUGUUCUUAAUUUUUAUUGUAAAGUAAUUCUGAACACUUAAAAUGCAGGUGUGCUAGAUCUGCCACUGCGGGCAAUGAGGUCUGUUUGGAAGAGAAAAAUUUUCAGAAGUGUUAAUUCAAUCCGAGUGAAACCAUUCUCUGCACUUGCACAGCUGAGCUAUAUUUCAGAUUAUUCUAGUUCUGAUGGAGAAAAUUCAAACAGUAAUUUCACCACUUCUGAUUUAGCCCAAGAUUGUUCUGAAGUAAGCUCGUGUGGGGCUGCAGAAAUGCUUUACAAACUAAGAAACAAACCAAUUUCUGCAUUAUCAUACUUCCGGAAAAUGAAGGAGCGUGGGUUGAAGUGCAACGUUGAUACCUUCGUGGCAAUCAUUCAUAUACUUUGUCAUUGGGGUAUGGAUAUGAGAUUAGAUUCUAUAUUGUUGGAGGUGAUAAAAGCAGAUAAUGACAGUUUGGGUUUCGAUAUGGCAGAAUUGCUUGAGGCAUUGAUGGAAGAUCUCUAUGGUGAGAGCCCUGAUUCUAUAAUUCGAACCCUAGAUGCACUGGUCAAGGCUUAUGUGAGUUUGGGCAUGUUUGAUGAGGCCAUUAAUAUCAUUUUUACUAGGCGAAGUGGUUUUAGUCCACGAUUACUGUCUUGUAAUUUUUUGAUGAACAGACUUGUUGAGUUUGGGAAAGUGGAUAUGGCUGUGGCUGUUUUUAAGCAAUUGAAGAGGCUUGGGUUUAACCCAAACGUUUACACGUACGGAAUUGUGAUUAAAGCCCUUUGUCAAAACGGGAAUUUGGAAGAAGCAUCUAGUAUUUUUGGGGAAAUGGAGGAAUUGGGUGUAAUUCCUAAUGAAUUCACUUAUUCCGCGUAUCUUAACGGCCUUUGCUUGCACGGCCACUCAUCUUUGGCUUAUGUAGUGUUACAAGAAUGGAAAAAGACGGGUGUACCCCUCAAUGCAUUUCCUUUUACUGUCGUUGUUCGUGGAUUAGUCAAAGAAAGGAAGUUUUCAGAAGCGCAGUCUCUUUUACUCGAUAUGGAAGAACAAGGUCUUGUCCCUGAUGACUAUACUCACGGGGUGCUAAUUCAUGCUUAUUGCAAGGCAGGGAAAAUCGCUAAUGCUUUGGAUGUCCAUAAUGAGAUGACUAAAAAGGGCAUUAGAACUAAUUGUGUGAUUGUUAGCUCUCUUCUUCAGUGUUUGUGCCAGAACGGGAUGACAUCUGAGGUUGUUGAACAAUUCAACAUUUUUAAGGAGCUUGGAAUUUUUCUUGAUGAGGUUGUUUAUAAUGUUGCAAUUGAUGCACUAUCCAAGCUGGGAAAGUUCAAAGAGGCUUUGAAGUUGUUAGACGAGAUGAAGGAUAAGCGGAUGACACCAGACAUUGUGCACUACUGCACUUUAAUGAAUGGUUAUUGCCGAAGCGGACAAUUAUUUGACGCAUUUUCAUUAUUUAGUGAAAUUAAGGAAAACGGACCGGAACCAGAUGUGGUUACAUAUAAUGUGCUUCUAGGCGGGCUUUCCAGAAAUGGUUUGGUUCAAGAGACACUUAGCCUACUGGAUUAUAUGAAGGGACAAGGUUUAACACCAACCACUGUUACAAAUAAUGUCAUUAUUGAGGGUCUUUGCGUGGGACAUAUGGUGGAGGAAGCUGAAUUAUUUUUUGAUAAUCUUGAGUGUAAAACCAUAGAAAACUGUGCUGCCAUGAUAAAUGGAUAUUGUCAGUCGGGAAAUACAAGUAAAGCUUACAAGCUCUUUCUAGUGCUGUCCAAACAAGGUAUGUCUAUAAGGAGGAGUUCUGGCAUGAAACUGAUGACUGCCCUUUGUGUGGAAGGUGAAUACAAUCAGGCUCUAGGUAUAUUUGAGAUAGUAUUGUCUUCUUCAGGCAAUGCCCCGUGUAUGUCAAUGUACAACCAUAUAAUAGCCGCUUUAUGUCGUGCUGGGGAGAUGAAGAAAGCUAGGUUGAUGUUUGAUAAUAUGUUAUGGAGAGGGUUAACUCCUGAUGUUAUUAUUUAUACCAUGAUGUUGAAUGGUUAUUGUAAAGUUAACUGCUUACAGGAGGCACACAAUCUUUUUGAGAGUAUGAUAAGUAGGGGAAUAUCUCCAGAUGUGGUCACCUACACAGUUAUGCUUGAUGGUCAUUCUAAGGGUUUAACAGGGACAGGGUCAUCUUUCCAUGCGGGGGGAUGGAACAAAACUGACAAAACUGUUCAUGCUCUCCAGCGUGAAAUGAAGGAGAUGGGGUUGACUGCUGAUGUAAUAUGCUACACCGCUUUGAUCGAUACUCAUUGCAAAUCUAAUAGCCUUGACGAGGCUAUUCAGUUAUUCAAUGAGAUGAUUGAUAGAGGUGUAGAACCCGAUAAUGUUACAUACACUGCCCUUCUGUGUGGAUUUUAUAGGCAUGGACGUAUAGAGAAGGCUGCCAGCCUCGUGAAUGAGAUGAUGGAUAAGGGAAUAGAACCUGAUAAUCAUAUGAUGACAUUAUGCAGUGGCUUGUUCAAGGCCAAAAGAGUACGAAUUAAGCGUAAAACGUGAGGAUCUCCUGUAUCUUGCUAGUUGUGAAAAAAUUUCAAUGAAUUAUCGGGCUAGAAGAGAUGAGGGGGUUAUCAUCAUUCAUGGAGUAUGCAAUUAGUGGUGCUCAAUGGGUGUGUCGACAGCAUGGCAUGUCUCCUCUAUCGCUGGGACGCCUAGUAUGGGUAUGGAUGAGCUACUUGCUAGACAGGAGACUCAAAGACAGGAACCAAGAUGUGUUGUUUUGAUCUCAAGUAAACAUAUAACACAUUUUAGCUGUUUAGAAGAAGAGAGGGAAAUGCUAUUAUUGCAGUUGAAGGAUGUAAACAGGCAGGACCUUGAAAAGCAGCUUACCCCAAAAUCUUUUGGGAAUAAGGCUUGGAUGUAUUUGUUGUAGAGAUAUAUAAAUUUACAUUGAAGCCCAGAAAAGGCAUGCUAAGAUGGGGAUUUCUGAUGGGAAGGAAAAUGUGCACUGCAGUGAUGAAAAAGUAUGAUACUAGGUCUUGUUCCCUGAGUGAGUUUUACAGAACAGUCGGAGAUGUGCACUAACUGUGCUGGAAAAGUGUGGGGCUGGAUCUUGCGGUUGUCGUGGGUUUUACAAUCGAUGCUCACCUUGAUGGUCAGGCCUGAAUAGCAAUGUUUAUAGCAACUCCUGAUUGUGUACUCUACUCUUGUGGACUUCCAACAAUAUUCAUUGCAAUUCCUCCAUUCUCCAAAAAAAGUGGAGAUGAUAUUGUUGUGUGAGUAUGCCUGUACUCGUACUUCAUUGCUGUUGGGGUCAAAAUAAACUGAGCUUUUAGUGUCGUUUUUAGAAGCAUUACUGUAAAGGAGUGCAAGUUUCAAGUUUUUAACUAACUUGUGUACAUCAUGUAACUGCUUGAAAAUUAAAAUGCUAUAUAAGUGUGGUAAGCUUUUGUAUACAAUCAAAUAGAGUACGUGAUAAAUUUACAAAAUUUUGCUACAAGUUAUUCCAUUUCGUAUUCUUAAUUGUACUAUCAUAG